GAUUUUAGAACUUCCCCCAAACAGUUGAAAGAAUCGCCAUUUGGCGGGGCGCAAGGAGCACGACAGUACUGCAAUGCACGUCUUGUGGCAUCGCCCACAGAGAGAAAAAAAAUAUGCUCUGUUCUUGUUCAUCAUCACUGUCAAUGGAAGGAUUGAACAAUCUUUUUCUAAUGAAAAUGCAGGUUUAUCAAUGGUAGAAAACGGUGGUGAAUAAACGUUUGAGGGAGUAUGGGCUGCCUUUGCUCAAGAGAUUCCUCAGAACCAGAGGAUGGCAGUCAAUUAUCUGAAAAACAUUUGGAUGAAUCUUCGGUUCAAUUGGUUGCUCCUUCUCCCUUAAAAAGAGAGAAUAUGUUGCAAGAGAUUCAGUUGUCAAGGCAGGAAUCAAAAGCAAAUGGGAGUUCUGUUCAUAAAAGAAAGGGUAAUGGAGGGUCUGUCCAUCGAGCAAAGGAGGGUGAUGAAUCUGUGAAUAAAUCCAUGAAGGCUGCAAAAGUAAAUGAUGAUAAUGCUUCAGGAGGUGGAAAACGGCCUGACAUUUUUAGGUUAGCUAGCAUGUCUAAAGCGGUUGAAGCUGAACAUGUCAUGGCUGGAUGGCCUUCAUGGUUAGCUUCUGUUGCUGGAGAAGCUAUCAAAGGGUGGGUGCCUCGCCGGGUUGACUCCUUUGAAAAGUUGGAUAAAAUUGGACAGGGAACUUACAGCAGUGUAUAUAAAGCCCGUGACCUUGAAACUGGUAAAAUUGUGGCAUUGAAAAAAGUGAGAUUUGUAAAUAAGGAUCCCGAAAGUGUCCGUUUUAUGGCUAGGGAAAUCUAUAUUUUGCGCAAACUGGAUCAUCCAAAUGUUAUGAAGCUCGAGGCUCUAGUCGCUUCCAGAAUGUCGAGCAACUUGUACCUUGUUUUUGAGUACAUGGAGCAUGACCUUGCUGGUCUUGUGGCAGCUCCUGGACAUAAGUUUACGGAGGCUCAAAUUAAAUGUUACGUGCAACAAUUGCUGCAUGGACUUGAACACUGUCAUAGUCGGGGAAUUCUACACCGGGAUAUCAAAGCUUCAAAUCUUCUCAUUGACAAUAAUGGUGUGCUCAAGAUUGCAGACUUUGGUCUUGCUACCUCUUUUCAUCCUGAUCGAAAGCAGCCAUUGACAAGUCGGGUAGUGACGUUGUGGUACAGGGCACCUGAGCUUUUGCUCGGCGCUACUCAAUAUGGACCUGCCAUAGAUCUCUGGAGCUGUGGUUGUAUCACUGCUGAACUAUUUGCUGGAAAACCUAUUAUGCCAGGAAGAACAGAGGUGGAACAAAUCCACAAGAUUUUUAAGCUCUGUGGCUCACCAUCUGAGGAAUUCUGGCGGAGAACAAAGUUGCCACAUGCAACCAGCUACAAACCACAACACCGUUAUAAAAGCUGCCUCUCUGAUACUUACAAAAGUUUCCCUUCUUCAGCUCUGGCUCUCAUUAAUAAGCUUCUUGCUAUUGAACCAGAGCACAGAGGAUCAGCUUCUUCAGCUCUUGGAAGUGAGUUUUUCAGAACAGAACCUCUCCCUUGUGACCCCUCAAGCUUACCAAAGUAUGCUCCGAGCAAAGAAUUUGAUGCCAAGCUGCGGAAUGAAGAAGAAAGGAAGAGAAAAGCAGAAGCUGUGAAGGGAUGGCAUCCUGAAUCAGUAAGAAGGGGCUCAAGAGACACCAAGGUAGUUCCUACUCCUGAAUUCAGUGCUCAAGGAGAUGUGACCAUAAAGGUACACCCGCUCGCGAAAAAGAUUAACAAAUACACCUCCCAAGAGGACAGCGAGCCUCCGAGAGUUGCGCAGAGUAGGUACGGCCACUCGACAUCUAUGGUGCACCCAAGCAUUGCAGGUUCAUGGGCCAAGCCUACUGGAGCCGCAAGAAAUUGUGUAGAGUUAAAGACACAGAAAUCUCAGAUGCAUCAGCCAGUGGGAGAUUUAUCAACCUGUGCUCUCAAGAAGGAAGAGGGUUGUGUUCAAAAGAAGACCAGAAUGCAAUUCUCAGGACCGUUGGUGGCUACAGGGGGAACCAUUGAAGACUUGUUGAAGGAUCACGAGAGACAAAUCCAGCAGGCUUUUCGAAAGGCACGUCUCGACAAAGAGAAGAACACGAGUUAGGUGAUCAGCUUGGAACCGAAGCCGAUAAUUCUCGAGAUCAAAGACUAACUUCGGUAACAUGAAAGGUUUGAAGUUUCUCCUGCUCUCAAACUGAAUGCUCUGCUGCAACUUUGUCUGCAAAGAACCAUAAAAACCUUGACCAAUAUAAUAUUGAUGCUAAUGUUGUGUAUAUAAGGAACAAUAAGGAUUGAAAAUUACAUGUACCCCAGGGAUUCUACAGCUCUUUAAAAACGAAAAUUUUGCCCCAAAAGUAGAACAGAACAGCUUCUAAUUGUUGACAAGGCCACAGGGACAGAGGAGUUGUGUAGUUGUUGCCAAAGUACAUAGUGUUGGGAAUUGGUUUGUUGUGUAUAGAGGGAGUGAAGGGCUUCAUGAGACAACAUCUUUCAAUUAAUACCUAAUUUUAAGUAUCUCCUUUUCUUGA